AUGCUUCUGAGUCUCUCCCCAAUUUCGUCCCUUUCUCAAGACCUCUUGUACUCGAUAUUCUCUCUCAAUGCUGAUCUAGACCAAUACUACGGGAUUAAUGAGGAUGACGUUGAAGGGUUCUCUAAGUACCCAGCCCUCUAUGAAGAUGAGGAUACAGAAGAUGAACAAGAGGAACACACGCCUUAUUUGAAGCCUCUGAAUCGCAGUUCUUCGCCGAUACAAACGUCAACGAUGCAAUCGCGGUCCGAAUAUCUGCUUGCUCACCCGCUAUCGGUUCUUCGACGAGCUUCGCAAGUUUGCUCGGUGUGGCGUGGGGUCAUCCUAUCAGCACCUGUUCUCUGGGGUCGCAUCGUCGACAUUGACAUUUUAUUCGUAUCUCACCAGGACUGGUCCGCCGAGGUCCUCUCCCGAACGCAGGAUGCUCUCCUUCACAUUCGGGCGCGGCGCGAAGGACAUCGCCUAUUACCAUGCCAGAUACUGGAGAGCAACCCAGAGCUGGUGUCAAGAUAUCUCCGCUUCAUAUCGAAGAUUAUCCAGAAGAACUGGGGAAGAAUCCGGAAGCUUGACGUUGACUGCAACAAAAAGUGGAUGAGCGUCAGGGCCGACCGUCGAAGGUUUAGCACCAGGGCAGCUGUUGUUCGAAAUCCGACGGACGUGCUGGAAUAUUUCAAGCUGAAGCUCGAAAACGUCGACGUCUCAUUUACCCAUUCAGCUGCGAAGAUUCGCCAUUUUUACUCGUCCGGCGCCACCUUCUCGCUCCAUGCGCCUUGGGUAGCCACGCUGCACACGUUGAAACUCGACACCUUUUACCCCCUGUGGUCGAUAUCCGAAUUCAUCGUAGUUCUCCAGUCGAUGCAGGAUCUGAAGAAGCUUUACCUGGGGGUGUAUUGGAAAGACGACGACCGUGUUGGCGACAGCAUCCUCAAGACGCAUCCUGCAGCCAAACACCUCCAUCUCAACGACGUAACGCUGCUGCAUUUUAGUGCUGCGAACUGCACGGCCAUACUCGAAGCCUUCGUCCCCAUAGACGUUUGCCGCCUCCAUGUGGAUACUUCUUAUCCUGAAUCUGAAGCCGACCUACGUGCCUUUCGGAACGUAGUUCAAAAAUUCGCCGCCAACCGUCAGUUCGGAAAGUACCUAUCACUAGACGUCUCCUUUUCUACAGGAAAAUUUGAUAUCGUCAGUAACGACCCGACAGGGAACACAGUUUUCCGACUUUUCAUGGACCAUCACUUCGGUAUGCCAUUCACCGGUGUCCCCGACCAGAUGCGAGAUGGGUUCGUUGAAGAGUUGUUUCGCAUCUUCGCGCAAGGGAACUUCAGCCAGACGCGAUGCUUGGUUCUGCCGAAGCUCUUCUCUUUGUCCCAAGCCUGGCCUGAAUCACUGACCGCCUUGCAUCUCCUCCUCCGGGCGCUCAGCAGGGUAAACGUGAUCCGGCAGGAUGGGUUCGCGAUGUCAGGCCUCCACCGCCUGGCCGAGUCAGAGUCCUCUAACGAAGGAGUGUUUUUACCUUCGCUGCGCCGAAUAAUGCUGCAGGACUGCCAGUGGAAGUUUUUCUCCACUUUUGCCAAAAGGUUUUACGUGGCCAGGAUGCAGCGAGGACAGGCACCUCCUGUUCUGGACAUCGGCCUCCUUUAUCAGCAGGAAGAUAUGUCAGAGCUGAAUGACAUAUAUGGCCUGCAGCUGGUAUACAUAGGCGCGGAUGGUGAUCUGUGUUCGUAUACUUGUGGUGCAGCCUGGCCUGACUCUUUGGGCAUCGUCUCGGAGACCGACCGUGAAUCGUAUCGUCGGCUUCACGACGACUCAGAAAAGGAAGCUGCGGACCAGGCGUCAUGGAUUGCACACAUAGCAUCGAGGCUCGGGAUCACUGUUCCAACGACCCAGCAAAAUGACUAA